ACUCCAUUUGACUUCUUUCCACUGGUUCGUGCCGUGGGACACGGACUCCCCAACACCUCGGACAAUGGGCUCCCAUCAGCAGAAGGGCGAUGGCCAAGGGAUCUCUGAGCAGCCUGGUGGAUGCCAUGGCAGUGGUGGCGGAGGAGGUUCAUGCCACGGUGGCAGUGGAGGAGGAUCUCUAGGAUACCAGACCCACGGAUCAUCCUGCCAUGGAGGAGGAGGAGGCAGCAGCAGCUGCGGUGGUGGUGGUGCUAUUUACCAGACCCACAUAUCAUCGUCCUCCUUUGGAGGAGGAGGAAGCUCAGGUCAACAGAGCCAAGGAUCCAUCAGUGGCAGCAGCGGAGGUGGAGGAGGUGGUGGUGUGUCAGGCCACCAGGGACAAGGACCCAUCUGCAUUAUUGGAGGAGGAGGAGGUGGUGGUGGUGGAGGUUCAGGCCGCCAAAGUCAAGGUUCCAUCUGCAUUGGAGGUGGUAGCAUGGGAGGAGGAGGUGGAGGUGGUUCAGGCCACCAGGGCCAAGGGCCCAUCUGUAUUGGUGGAGGUGGAGGAGGAGGAGGUGGUUCCAGCCACCAGGGCCAAGGCCCCAUCUGCAUUGGAGGAGGAGGAGGUGGUGGUGGUGGUUCAGGCCACCAGAGCCAAGGCCCCAUCUGCAUUGGAGGUGGUAGCAUGGGAGGAGGAGGUGGAGGUGGUCCAGGGCACCAAAGCCAAGGUCCCAUCUGCAUUGGUGGUGGUGGAGGAGGUGAUGGUGGAGGAGGUGGAGGUGGGGGUGGUGGUUCAGGCCACCAGGGCCAAGGGCCCAUCUGUAUUGGUGGAGGUGGAGGAGCAGGUGGUGGUUCAGGUCAUCAAAGCCAAGGCCCCAUCUGCAUUGGAGGUGGUAGCAUGGGAGGAGGAGGUGGAGGUGGUCCAGGGCACCAGAGCCAAGGUCCCAUCUGCAUUGGUGGUGGUGGAGGAGGUGGAGGUGGGGGUGGUGGUUCAGGCCACCAGGGCCAAGGCCCCAUCUGCAUUGAAGGUGGCAGCACAGGAGGAGGAGGAGGAGGAGGAGGAGGUGGUGGUUCAGGUCAUCAAAGCCAAGGCCCCAUCUGCAUUGGAGGUGGUAGCAUGGGAGGAGGAGAUAGAGGUGGUUCAGGCCACCAGAGCCAAGGUCCCAUCUGUAUUGGUGGUGGUGGAGGAGGAGGAGGCAGUUCCAGCCACCAGGGCCAAGGCCCCACCUGUAUUGGAGGUGACAGGAUAGGAGGAGGAGGAGGUGGUGGUUCAGGUCAUCAAAGCCAAGGUCCCAUCUGCAUUGGAGGUGGUAGCAUGGGAGGAGGAGGUGGAGGUGGUUCAGGCCACCAGGGCCAAGGGCCCAUCUGUAUUGGUGGAGGUGGAGGUGGGGGUGGUGGUUCAGGUCAUCAAAGCCAAGGCCCCAUCUGCAUUGGAGGUGGCAGCAUAGGAGGAGGAGGGGGAGGUGGUGGUUCAGGCCACCAGGGUCAAGGAUCCAUCUGCAUCAUUGGGGGAGGGGGGUCAGGCCACCAGAGCCAGGGAUCAUCCUCUUUUGGAGGAGGUGGUGGUGGAGGUGGUUCAUCCAGUUCUGGCGGUCUGUCCAUUCAACAGCACACCCAGCCAAUCUCCUGGCCACCGAAAACUAAACACAAGUAGUACCUGCGGAAGGGACUCUUGGAUCAAGAAAGCCCAAGAUGCAAACAUGCUUCACAUUUCUUUCUCUAUUAAAUUUAAGAAUAUUUGCAUUAUUCCUUUCUUCUCCUCAUUAGGAUUUUUCUUUUCAGCUCUCCAGCUGACCAGAACCUCUGGUGUUUUGUAUCAAUAACUUCCAGCCGGGGUUAUUUCAUCUGUCUGUUAUC